CAUGACUACUCUGCAACCCCAUCCAGAGAAGAGGUCACUGUCAAUUCCUUUUCUCCUGGUUUUCCAGGCAGCCACAAAGGAAGGCGGGGAAUUGGCGAGGAACGACAGAAUUCGGCGCUUUGGAAUUGGUCAAAUCGGGGAAGCCUCGGAGCCGCGGAGAACUGUUGAUCACGUUUUCAUAAAAAGAACCUCUUAAGCGCGCGCCUUAUGGAAGAUGCUGUGCUUUAAGUCCAUUCGAUCUGUUAUUUAAGUUUUUCAGUUUCAACUAUUUGCUGAGAUUGACAGUAAGCUCCGCACCCUUUCCCUUCUGGUCCGGCCCACCGCGUUCUGGGCUGGGAGUGUCACUAAAACCCGGAAGAGCAUAAUAUAAGCGGAGCCGGCGCCACCCGCAGAAUUGCGCAUGCUCCAUCUCUAAGCGCGGGGCACCAGUUGCCUGGACAGGCGGCGGCGGGUGAGUGGGUCUCGGUGUCUGGGUCCUGCUGGUAGUGGCGGCGGCCGGAGGCGGCGCAGCGGUCGGUGCGCAGGUGCUGAUGCUAAGGUGCUAUGAGCUUUCAGAACUUUUGGAGAGACUACAAAGUUUUGGUUGUUAUGGUACCUUUAGUUGGACUCAUACAUUUGGGGUGGCACAAAAUCAAAAGCAGCCCUGUUUUCCAAAUUCCCAACAAGGACAACCUUCCUGAGCCAGAACACCUGGCCCUUGCAAGUCCGGAGAAGAACCACACCCAAGGGAAAUAGCAGGCCUGCAAUCUCAGAAAAAAGCAGCUUUGAAUCUGUGCUUGAGAUUGAAAGAAGAGAUGAAAAAUAGCAGUUGGAUCAGAAAGAACUGGCUUCUUGUAGCUGGGGUUUCCUUCAUAAGCAUCCAUCUCGGAACCUAUUUUAUGCAGAGGGCUGCAAAACAGUCUGUAAAAUCUCAGUCUGGAAGCAAACAAAAGAGUUUGAAUAAUGAAGUAAAAUAAAUCUUUAAAAUUACUAGUAUGUCAUUAAAUCAUUACAUGCUGAUUAGCUUCCUAAGCAUGGAGCUAAGUAUUUAAUUUUAUAGCCACAAGGCUGCGCAGUGAGACCUGCAUUCCUGAAGAAUCUUUUUUUUCCACUGUUAAACCCCACGACAAUACAAUAAAUAGAAAACUAUGGUUCACAGAAUAAAAGCUGUCUUGACAAAUUACUACCUGAAGUAAGAUGUCUCGGUUAGAAGCUAAAAGGCCCUCAUUAUGUAAAAGCGAACCACUGACAAGCGAGAGAGUGAAGGCCACACUCUCUGUCUUGAAAGGAGUCGUCACAUCCUGCUACGGGCCAGCAGGGAGGCUGAAGCAGCUGCACAAUGGCCGUGGGGGCUCCGUGUGCACCACCUCCCAGUCAGCAGCCCUUCUCGCCAGCCUGCCAGUCACCCAGCCCAUCUUAAAGAUCCUGACGACCUCUGUGCAGAAUCACGUGUCCUGCUUCAGUGACUGUGGCUUAUUCACAGCCAUUCUCUGCUGCAACCUGGUUGAAAAAGUUCAGGGAGUAGGCUUGACAACCACCACUGCCAUUAAAUUAAAUAAGCAUCUUUUGAGCCUCUGCACCGAGUACCUAAAAUCUGAGAUCUGUGGUUGUCGCAUCCCCAUCGACUUUGGUAGCACUCAGCUCCUCCUCUGUUUGGUGCGCAGUCUGUUAACAAGUAAACCAGCCUGUAUGCUCACCAGAGAGGAGGUCGAGCACAUCAGUACUUUGAUUCUGAGAGCCUUUCUGCUUACCGUUCCAGAAAACGCCAAAGACCGCAUCAUUUUAGGAAAGAGUAUAAUUGUCCCUUUAAAAGGUCAGAGAGUUAUAGAUUCUACUGUGUUACCUGGAGUACUUAUUGAAAUACCAGAAGUUCAAGUGAUGAAGAUCUUACCUAUCAAAAAGUCAGAUUCCUUCAAGGUGGCACUCUUCUGUGCAUCUUUAUCCGGAGACCUUUCUGAGACUGGAGAAGGGACUGUGGUGCUCAGCCAUGGAGUUUCUCUUGAAAACGCAGUCCUGGACCAGUUGCUUAACCUAGGGAGGCAGCUAGUUAGUGAUCAGGUAGAUCUUGUCAUGUGCCAAAAAGUUAUCCACCCAUCUUUGAAACAGUUUCUCAGAACACAUGGUGUUAUUGCCAUGGACAGAGUUGGAGUGGCUCUCAUGGAACCCCUGAGUAAAAUGACAGGAACACAGCCCAUUGGUUCCCUAAAUUCAGUCUCUCCCAGUAGUUAUGGAAGUGUGAAAGAUUGGUGCACUGCAAAAUUUGGCUUCAAACAUUUUUUUCAUCUUAUUCCCAAUGAGACAACUGUCUGCAGCUUGCUUCUCUGCAACAGAAAUGACACAGCCUGGGAUGAGCUGAAGCUCACAUGUCAAACAGCACUGCAUGCUUUGCAGUUAACAAUCAAGGAACCCUACGUUUUGUUGGGAGGUGGCUGUACUGAAACUCAUUUGGCGGCAUAUAUCAGACACAAGACUCGUGAUGAGCCAGAAAGUAUUCUCAAAGGCGAUGGAUGUACCCAGACAGAACUCCAGCUGAUGAGUGAAGCAUUCUGCAGUGCACUCGAAACUCUCGCUGGCUCUUUGGAACACGAUGGAGGUGAAAUUCUCACUGACAGGAAGUAUGGACACUUUUGGUCAGUUCAGGCAGAUUCUCCCUCUGCUGUGAACUGGCCAGAUUUGCUUUCAAGAUGCGGCUGUGGACUCUACAGCAGCCAGGAGGAACUCGGCUGGUGUUUCUUAAGAGGUGCCCAUCAUCCUUUCAUGCCACAGACCUGCCUUCCACGUGAAGCUUCGGGGUCAGCCAAUGACCUGACCUUGGACUGUUUUACUGCCAAGCUUAGUGGCCUGCAGGUGGCUGUGGAGACUGCCAAUUUGAUUUUGGAUCUUUCGUAUGUCAUUGAAGAUAGAAACUGACAUAAGGGAAUAGCAUGUUUAUAUUACAAAGAGAAAAACUGGCGAGGUGUCAAUAAAGAAAAACAUUGAGUAUGUUUGUUCUCUCUCAAAGGCCUAUUUGGAUUGAUAAUUCAUAAAAUUAUAGAUUUACUUAUUUGAGGAAAAAAGACUGGAUCCUUGAAUAGAAAUACCAUAAAAUAAUUCACGGUGGCCUAGCAGUUAAGAAUCCAGCAUUUUCACCGCUGCCUCUCAGGUUUGAUCCCUAGCCUGGGAUCUUCCACAUGCUGUAGGCAGCGCCAAAAAAAAACAUGAAGCGUUGGAGUUCCCGUCAUGGCUCAGUGGUUAACGAAUCCGACUAGGAACCAUGAGGUUGCAGGUUUGAUUCCUGCCCUUGCUCAGUGGGUUAAGGAUCUGGCGUUGCCGUGAGCUGUGGUGUAGGUCGCAGACGUGGCUUGGAUCCCGUGUUGCUGUGGCUCUGGCGUAGGCCGGCGGCUGCAACUCCGAUUAGACCCCUAGCCUGGGAACCUCCAUAUGCCGCGGGAGCAGCCCUAGGAAAGGCAAAAAGACCAAAAAAAAAAAAAAAAAAAAAAAAUGAAGCGUUAUUAAGGACAUGAUAAUAAUCUAGAGGAUUCCACAGAUACCACUGUACAUCGUUCUAAAUUUUUGUUCUCUUUAUUUUGACAUCAUUCUAAUAAGAGCAUGUAAAAUUUAUUUUAAUUCCUAA